GGAAAGAAGGAUUUGUGUGAUAUUUAAAUUCAAGACAUAUUUGGUAAUGAAAGAGAGAUUGAUGAGAAACAAUAAUGUAUGAUGGAAAAAUUAUUUAUGACACUUUUCAAGCCAAUUUUGUUUCCAACUUUUUGAUCUGAACCUAACUACAAAGCAUGAUAUUGUUACAUAUAGGAUAAGAUUCUAAAGUGUGCGAGUCUACCACUUAAGCUAAGCACCUUUUAAAUUAAUAUGUAGGGGAUUAGAUAUUAAUAGCAACCCCUAAAUUCACCAUGGAUAAAUAAGUUAACCAAAGGGGCACACACUACCCACGAGAAUUUUGGUGCCAAUAAAUAAAGGUUGGAUAGUGGAAUCCUUUUAGCUCAUUUAUUUUGCCAUUUCUGUUUUUCCUUCGGCCCCUCACAGAAAUAGCAAAAAACCAGAACCAAACCACAAAUGAAACAUAUUUCUGUGUAGAUGCAUUUUCAUAGAAAAGCAGCCAUUACUGCAAGAAAGUACCUUGUUUUCAGCGUUUUUCCCUUUUCUUUUCUAGCAGAGCUGUUAGCAUAAAAGCUAAGGCUCCGUAUAAAAAAUCUCAGCUUCCACACAUGUUCACUUGCAGCUUUUCCCCCUAAAAUCCUAUCAUCGUUUUUCAAUUUUGGGUUUUAAAUUUUUAUUUUUUUUUUUUUGCUCGUUUUUUGAGUUCCAGUUGACUAUGUUCAACUCAGAGACGAUGAGUCCAAGAGACAUGAGCCAGAUUAGCGACGGCGGCGGCCGCGGCGGCUUCAGCCUUCCAAACCCCGCAAAUCUCAACAAUUUCAAGCACGCCUCAUCGGCUCAGAAGGCAGAUUUUGAUGGGUCGAAUUUCUUCAGGAACCAAAACCAGCUAAAUCAACCGGGCGGUGGCUUAGCUCGGUUCAAGUCGGCUCCCAGCUCUUUUCUAGCCGCGCUAAUAGAUUCCAACAACACAGACAACAGCAGCAGUGGGGAUGACGAAUCUGAAGCUUUCUUCUCGGCGCUGAUGAGUGGGCCCACCCCCACCGCCCGGGAUCUGAAUCGGACGGACGGUAAUAGUGGCUGCGAUGACAAUACUCAUAAUAAUCAUCAAAUGUUCCAACAUGAGGAGGAGAAGGUCGGGACCCGACCCGGGAGAAACGGGUCGGGCUGUGGGCAUAUGGGUUAUGAGAGCGCUGUGAGCAGCGGCGGUGGCUGUAUCGUUGGAUCUUAUUCGGUGGGGAUGGAGGAGAGUCAGGUUACUAAUAAUAUGCGGUUGUUGAAUAAGGGAAAUAUUAGCUCAAAUCUCGUCAGGCAAAGCAGCUCCCCUGCUGGAUUUUUUAAUGGAUUUGAUGUAACGACAGAAGCAAUUGUCCACAGUCAGGCACAUGCUAUUUCAUCAACAAAUGGCAUGAGCACUCACUUGAACUUCUCCUCACCUAGUGUACAAUGCAUCGGCACACAUAAUCUUGAAAAUGAGCAGUUGAGAAAUGGUAAUAAUGCAAAUCUACGAGAAUUCGAGGCAGCUUUCCCACACGGCUCGUGGAAUGAUUCUUCUUUCGGUAACAGCCUGAAAAGAAAUCGAGAUGGUGAAAUGAGGGUGUUUAUGGAUUUCAAUGGCUUGGAUAAUCAGAAUACUGGGGAAAGUAGUAAAGGUCUGUCGAGUUUAGUUCACCAUUUGAGCUUGCCAAGAUCAGCAGAAAAUGUGAAAUUUUUGCAAUUUCAACCGGAGACGGUGCCUUGUCAAGUUCGUGCCAAAAGAGGUUGCGCCACUCAUCCGAGAAGUAUAGCCGAAAGGAUGAGGCGGAGCAGGAUUAGUGAAAAGAUGAAGAAGCUGCAAGAUCUCUUUCCAAAUAUGGACAAGCAAACGAGCACAGCUGAUAUGUUGGACUUGGCCGUUGGGUACAUUAAAGACCUCCAAAAACAAGUCCAGACGCUCACUGACAAGAAGACGAAGUGCAUUUGUUCAAGUAAACCUCAGCAGGUAUAGUCUUUACAGGAAAGAUUCAUAGUUGUGAAUCGUGGCUUGCAAUUCAUAUGUGUUCACAUUGGACAAGUAGUUGGAACAAGGCUGGUUGUUUGUCAAUGUUGGUUGGAUGUGUAGAUUGCCCCCUUCUAAUAAGGGUGUUAAGUCGUUUAUGUAGAUUUUUAGUGUACGGAUUCAGGGUGUAAUUUGUUUAUGUAGACUUUUAGUGUACGGAUUAGUUCGUAUUGUUGUAUACCUCUAUGAAUAAUUUGUGAAUAGAAUGUGCUUAGUACUUUUGGCAAAAUGUGCCCGACGGUGAUUUUAGUAGCGGGAGUAAUUAC